AUGCAGGAAUCCCUCAGUCUUCCAGACCCAAUAAGGAAACUACAGAAAUCCUUGGACCCUUACGUCAAACAAAGACGAGACGCAGCCCAAAUUCGACGCAUCCUAGCAAGCCACUUGAAUUCAACUCUUCACCCACAAGAGCCGGGCAGCUUGCCUCAGCCAUUGUCUCUUGUAGAUUCGUCGUGUAGUCUCGAUUCCACGACUCACGGCCUUAAGGGGGCGCAAAAAGAAUAUGUACGUUGCGCUCGAGCAAAUCUAAAGGCUAGAAGAGACUAUGCACAAGCCAGCAAUGAACACCAAGGGAAACAAAACGCGAAUAAAAUCGUCGUUGAACAAGAUGCCGAAGACCCAAUAUCUGAUUUUCUGCAUCUCGUCAAACAGCAACAAAAACACGAUGUGCUAUGCAUUAGUCAAGACUACAUCAACAUGCUGAACAAGAAACCCGCUGCUAUGUCUCAACAUCUGGAUCCCCAAGACGUUUUGAAAAAUCUAGACUCCCUUCCUCACGUGCCUUCUGAAGUUUUGCAGGCGCCAGGAACCAAAUCAAACUCGGAGGGGGGCGAUUUAAGUGCGCUGUUGGACAGGCUUGAAAAAUCGGUUCUGCGAGCAAAAUUGCUUUUGAAAAGGGAGCAGAAGCUUCUUGCCAAGUUCAGGGCGAACAAUGAGUCUCCAAGUGCAAUCGAGAGCUCAAAGUUGCAAGCGCUUGCAACAGCCCGAAACGAGUUGAUUAAUUGGGUUGAGACUGAACUUGCUCGAGCGGGAGACUCACCGGAUUCCGAAGAUGAACACCACUCGCCCUCGCCUGGUGUAGAAUUGGGGCGUGGUUUUAUGGAUUCUCAACUCCUUCUAAUUAGCAAGCAAUACGCUAGAUAUGCGAAACUUCGGCAGAGUUUGGUGAACGCAACAACCUGUGAUCUUGACGUCAAUGUGGGAGGAUUUGCGGAAGAGGCAACUCUGUCCGAACAGUUUGAGCCCAAAUCGAUCCAUUCCACAAGUCAUAUUUCACAUCCCUACUUUGAGGAACUCGUCUCCAUCUCGAACCAGCAAAAAGCAACAAGCCAACAGAAAUCGCACCUUGCAAUUAGCUUAGCGAAACUCACGAAGGAAGUAAGUCAAGCACUGGACCGUCUGACUGAUGAGAGUCACCUUCUCCAAGCACAUCCUUUUACAGACAAGGCUGCUCAACGUCGCGGAAGGGAGAGUUCAGCGUCAUUUGCGGAAGAAAUUUCAAAUCAUGAGAAGCCAGAUUCGUUUACGCGAGCUCGAGGAUGGACUUAUGCAUCAGACUCUGCUGCUACUUUGGCAAAGAUGGCAACUUUGGAGAAACUGGAAGAAGGUAGUACCUUGAUUGAUAGUACGCGACAAUCCUUCCUUGACCUUCAACAUCUUAUAGGCUCUCAGCCGAUGGAUGAAGGCGGGCGAGAGGGCACACGUCACGAUAUAUGGGCGCAUAUAAACGGGACCUUAGGGGCAAUCUAG